AUGAUAGUUCAGUCAAACUUACAGUAGUUGAUUAUAAUUAUCGCAGAAGAAAAUGGAAUGAUGAUAAACAAAAGCAGCUGAAUAUUCUUCCAUCAUUUUAUCGUAAAGAAAAUUUAGAAAAUUUUAUAGUACAUUGUGAAAUUCUUGAAAAUGAUGAUUUCAUUACGAUUACACGUAUUGGUGUAUUUAUAUGGACCUAUAAACUUUCCGACAUUAAGAUGCACUAUUAUUGGAAUGAUUGUAAUGAUCGUUUAGAGGGUUUCGUUUUUGAAAAGACAAAGCUUAAAAUUCUCUCCGAGAAAUGGACUUCAGGAAGAAUUCUUCCUGCUUCAAAUUAUGAAACUAUCCAUGAAAAUCUAGAUGUAAAAUUUGGCGAUAAAGAGCUUUUUAAAGAGUUUUUGACAAGUAAUAUCGAUGAAGAAUUCUAUUUAACUUGCUACGGAAAAAUUCUUAUGAAAACAUUAAUUUCAUUAAAAGACGAAAAAUGUAUUCGAUGUUUAGGUCUCAGCUGUAUGGAAAAGUUCGUGAAAGAUAAAAAUCAUCUGAUUUCUAAAAUUUCAUUAUUGAGUAUUAUUUUUGAAAGCUUUGAAGAACUAUCAGAAAAUCAUCCUGCUUUUAUAGCAAGUGUUUUAUCUUUGAUAGGAUUUGUAGUUCCUUCUAAUACCGUAAUUCCAGACUCUAUUUCUUCACAUCUUUCCGCUUAUGGAGGACAUUAUCAUUUAUCAACAACAUCAUUUCUCGAUAUAUUAUUUUCUAAUUUUUGGAAUCGUUGGAUUAGCUUUCAAGAAACUUUUCAAAAUAGUUUUCAAAAUUUUCAAGAGAACCAUCCUUAUUUUCAAGAUUUAAUUGUACAUGUUUCUGGACAUAACCUUAAUGAAGUUCUUCUACUCCCUGAAGAACAGCCUUCGUUUAAAGAUAUUGAGGGGACUAUUAAAGGUAUGCCUCUUAAACAAAUUAAGAAGGAUAUUAGAGACCUGCCCACUAUUGGUCAAAUUGAGGAAGUUAUUAAAGAUCUGCCCACUAUUAGUCAAAUUGAGAAGGUUAUUAAAGAUCUGCCCACUAUUAGUCAAAUUGAGAAAGUUAUUAAAGAUUUGCCAACUUUUAAACAGCUUGAGAAUGAUAUUAAGGACCUUAAGGAUUUAAAAAAAUCAAUUGAAGAUCUAAAAACAAAUAAAUAA